AUGUUUUUCCCAGGGCCACUCUCUCUUACUGAUGCAGUUGAGGAAAUAAAAAGAGGAUGUGCCAGUCUUAUUUCUGUGAUAUGCCAUAAAUGUGGCAAACCAAAUGAAAUAUCAACUUGCAGACAACACAAAAGUGGCAAAAGAGGACCUGGAGCGUAUGAUAUUAACACGCGAAUUGCUCUUGGUGCCAUUGACAGUGGCAUAGGGUACACCCAUGUGAACAAUUUUUUUACGACCUUAAAUAUUCCCACCAUUAAUCGAAGUGCAUACAAGCGACGUGAAAGAGAAAUUGGCCAUGCUAUUGAAGAGGUUGCAGCCAAUUCUUGCAGUAUGGCAUUAGAAAAUGAAAUAGAUCUUGAAAAAUCAAGUGGGAGAGCUCCUGACUCUGAUGACCUGUUUCCUCUCUCUGUUUCAUAUGAUAUGCAAUGGCUGAAACGUGGAAGGGCCAAUGAUUCACUGACAGGGCACGGUGCAAUCAUGGGCUCCAAAACCAAAAAAGUCCUAGACUACUCCUGCGCAAACAAAUUAUGUCGUAUCUGUGAAAGUGCAAGGUCAAAAGGUAAAGAUCCUGCUUAUCAUGACUGCCGUCAAAAUCACAAAGGUUCAUCAAAAUCAAUGGAACCUGAAGUGGGAGUUAGACUAUUCAAUGAUGCUCCUAAUUAUGGGGUAAAGUACUCUGUGUUCAUUGGAGAUGAUGACAGUUCCACAAUUGCUAAAAUUCAUGAAGAAGUGGGUUACAAUGUGGAAAAAUGGUCUGACAGCAGUCAUGCAACAAGAACACUUGUAAGCCACCUCCACAAGAUCAAGUCUGAGAAAAACAAUUUGCCUGGAGAAUCUGUUUUGUCACAGAAAGUUAUAGAUUAUUUUCAAAAAUGUUUUAGCUAUUGUUUAACCCAAAACAAAGGGGAUCCAGAAAAAAUGAGAAAGUCAUUAAUUGCUAUUGUGCCUCAUGCAUUUGGAGAACACAAAACAUGUGAAGAAAACAGGUUGAGCUGGUGCAAGUGGCUCCAAAAUCCAGACACUUAUUCCCACAAGGACCUCCCAAAUGGCAAAGACUUAACCGGGGAACACCUGAAGAAGAACCUAACUAGUUUGUUUAGCAUAUACUCAAGUGACAUUGUUAUUAACAAACUUGUUGAAAAUGCUUCCUCUCAGAGCAAUGAAAGUUUGCACAGCACAGUUGGUUCCAAAGUUCCUAAAAUAAGGUUUUAUGGAGGAAGUGAAAGUGCAGAUCAAAGAAUUGCUGCUGCUGUUGCUCAGACAAACCUGGGGAAACAAUACCUAGUGGACACUUUACACUGUGCUGAUAUAGAACCUGGUCAAAUUACUGAACAAAAAAUAGCAAUGAUUGACUAUGAGCGAGAUGCAGGACAGAAAAGGAAGUCAAGUGUUGAAUUUAAAAAACAACGUAGGCUGAAUUAUUUGAAAAGGAAAUCGAGAAACAAAUCUGCAUCAAAUCGAGAGGGAAUCAGCUACAAAAGUGGCAUUACACUAACCCUUGACCCCGAUCUAUUACAAAAAGCAGUUGUCACACCACAAGAAUUAAAAGAAUUCGAAAAAUAUGUACCAACUUUCAGCGAACGACCUUCUAAGAAGUAUAUCACAUGUCCUGACGACGAAAACAGUGUUAAAAGCUUUAGCUUUGUAAUAUUUGACACGGAAACGAGCUGUGGAGGCAAACAAGCUGAAAUCAUUCAAUUAGCAGCCGAAACAACGGAAGGAAGGUCAUUUUCCACAUUUACAACGCCGAAAAAAGAAAUUUCCCCUCAUGCUUCUCGUGUUAACAAGUUCAAAAUAUCUUGGGUUGGAGGGAAGAAGUGUCUUUACCGUGGAGGCAACAUUUUGCAAACAGUUCCUUUUCGAGAAUGUCUUCGAUCAUUUGUUGAUUUCCUUGAGGAUUCAAAGGGUUCUUGUGACAAAAUCGUUCUCAUUGGCCACAACUCUGCAUCUUUCGAUACACAUAUCCUGUUAAGAACAAUUCAAGAGUACUCACCAGAGCUUCUUCAUACAAUGAAGGAAUUAAAUAUCCAUUUUGCUGAUAGUCUUAUCCUGUUCCGCAACUUGAUAAAAGAAAAACACGCGGGACUCAAACAAGAUGACGGAUCGUUCGUAAAAAUAAAUCAAGAAGCGCUUUACAAACACCUGUUCGGAACUGACUUUCAGGGUCACGAUGCCCUUGAAGAUGUAAAGGCACUAAGCAAAAUUCUGUUUAAGUCCUCACUGCAGUUAUCUCUUUCCAAAAUUGUCAACAAAAGCGGCACAACCGACAUUAACUCAGCCAUAGGAGAUAUGAACUACCUUGACAGAAGCCACGCUCUUCUGAAGUCAUUUGAUGAAAUAAUAGGUGAUCCCUCGGAAGGUGGAGUAAUGAAGAAGUCCACAGCCAAAAAGCUCGCCGAUUCUGGACUCGGUUUUCACCACCUUAAAAGCUUGUUCGACACACAAGGAGAACAAGGACUUCUUGCAAUAUUAGCGAAUCCACCAACCAACAGCCGUCGAGUUCGUGUUCGUGGAACUGCAGACCCGUUGACAUUACAUGUAAUUCUAAACCAUUUCAAAAAAAUUCAGAGUUGA